AUGUCCUUGCCAGUCCUUCCUCCAGUCGUCGAGGCUGGCGGGACUCGCAAUUUCAAAGGCAACUAUGUCUUUUACUGGAAUGAGGUUGCCCUCGACCUUGUUCGUCUCACCCAUACUGUGUCUGGCCCCCAGGGUGGGCCCCCUCUCACUGCAAGAUUUCUCGGUAUCCUACACCUUGCCAUGCAUGAUGCCUACUUUGCUAUCUAUCCGUACGCAAGUCAUCCAGACCACAACUCGAACUUCACAGACAUUGCACCCUAUCUUUCCAACACUCUUCGUGGAGAAGCACCGCAGAAUUUGAACCAUCGUCAGACAGAGGCUGCAAAUGCUGUCGCCGGCGCCGCUGUCACCGUUCUGGAGAAGCUCUUCAAGGACCCAGCCAACAAGGAUCCUCAGGUCUCGGACGAGGUCACCCGCGCUCUUGGCAAUUUCAUCGACUCCGCCAUCGGUGCCUACCAGCAGGAGCACAAUCUCGAUCGACAUUCCCCUGGGUACCUUUAUGGUGUCCGCGUCGCCAAUGCGGUUCUUCAGGAACUAGAAAUCAAAGCUGGGGAACCUGGCGUUGCCGCUGGCGCUUAUAUGCCAAAAGCCAAUCAGCCCUACUUCUUUGACGAUGACCCAUCUCAUCCAAUUCCCCGACGUUAUCAUGGACCUCGCUACGGCACGACUGCUGCAGUCCUUGCUGCUACUCAGGAUUGGAAGACCGCUGACCCACCUGUUGUACCCGAGAAAGCGCUUCGCAAUCCCCCCUCCGAAAGUGAUCCUGAAUACCUAGCCUAUCUCGAAUCAGUUCAAGAUGUCUUCCGGAUGGGCGGCAUUGAAGAGCUUGCCAGCACCAAACGCCGCCCAUCUCAGACAGUCGGGGGUCUGUUUUGGGCUUAUGACGGCGUAAAGCUGAUCGGCACUCCUCCUCGUCUCUACAACCAGAUCAUCCGCCAAAUUGCCUUCGACCACAAAAAGGGCUCAGACAUCAACUCGGAUGAAAACAACGCGCAGUUUCUCCGCCUCCUCGCCCUGGCCAACACCGCGAUGGCGGAUGCCGGCAUCUUCUGCUGGCGUGACAAGUACAAGUACGAGCUCUGGCGCCCUCUCUCGGGCGUCCGUGCAGACCCCACCGGUCCAGUGCCCGAUGGGUUCGCUCGCCCUACAUGGCGAGUCCUCGGCGCUCCUGCCACCAACAGCAACGAGGGCGGCUUCAAACCCCCUUUUCCCGCUUACCCUUCCGGCCACGCUACCUUUGGAGCAGCAGCGUUUCAAAUGGUCCGUCUCUUUUACCACCAGCGUGGUGACGACGUCCUCACGUCAUUGGUCCCAUCCCCCGGCAUGAAAAGAGGUGCCAGUACCGGUGGCGGGGAUUUACAACAGAUCAUCAACGCUGGGGGCCAAGAAAAGCCCAACCUGGAAACCAAAACAGCAAACGACAAUAUCCACUUCGAAUUCAUCUCCGACGAACUCAACGGCAUAUCCCGCAAUAUCUUGUACCAACCCUACAAGCCCGCGCAACCCAUCACAGAUCAAGCAGGCGAGGUGCGGACCCGCCUAGUCUUCAAGUUCAAGAGCAUGAAAGAAGCUAUCUUUUCCAACGCCAUCUCGCGCAUUUGGCUAGGCGUGCAUUGGCAGUUUGAUGCCUUCAACGGUAAGGACGUUUUGAUCCCCUACAAGAGAGGCGGCCCAGGCGAAGACGGAUCUCAGCCUCGUCCGCUCAACUAUGUGCAACAAUAUCAGGUGGAAAAGGACGGGAGCACGAGUUAUCUACCCGUUGACGAGCAAGAUUGGUUCCAAACUCUGGGCCCACGGGACGGCGUCGCUGACUCGGAAUGGCCGUACGGGGGCGUGCCGCUGGGGAUCAACAUCGCGCAAGACAUUUUCGAUACAGGCAUGAAGUACAAUGGGAGUCUCGUGGAUUUAAGCAGUGAGAAACCCGCCAAGCGACCUUGA